AUGAACACAUCAGAAGCCCAAAAGCCCCAAUCCCCAAUUCGGCUACACAAGUACACAACCCUUCUCCCAAAAUCAGAUAUUCAGAUCCCUCUUUUCCUCUCAAAUCCCUUUCUCAUUUCACAAACUUCAUCUUCUCAUUUUCUCAUUUCAGAUCCCUCUUUUGCUUUCCUCUCAAAUCAGCAACCCUACUACAAGACUCAACUUUACACUAAAUUGUCUUUGGCGAUGGAAGCUACAACUUCUGGAACUAAAUCGCUAGUGAUUGACAACAACCCUCCGAUUGUGCCAACAGAAUCUCAACAACAACAAGUAGAAGCUCUAAUUUGUACUCAACAAUGGCUACGAUCACCUUCUAAAGAAUACAAUUUUCACGACAGUUUGGAAGAAGUCCAGAACAUUGAGCAAGUUGAUGAAGAGUAUGGAGACUCACCUUUGAGCAUUGAUUAGCCAGUUUCGUUCACGAUGCACUAUCUGUGUGAGAAUUGGUAUGUUAAUUACAUAGUGUAUAUUUCGUGUAUAUCAAUAAGUUGUCACCCCUGUACUCUGCAGCUGCAAACCUCUUGGAUUUCUGCACUUAUUUCUCUGCUGUGUUUUACUGAUAUUGUUUUCUAGCUGGUGCAAUUUUUUUCUCUGCUGGUUUUACUGAUAUUGUUUUCUGCACAGUUAUUUCUCUGCUGUGUUUUACUGAUAUUGUUUUCUAGCUGGUGCAAU